GUUGGGGAGACUGUAACGUUUCGUAUUUCCGUGUUUCCAUGUCUUUAGAAAUACGAGUACGUUUUUUUUCUAUUUUUAGAAUCACCGUUGAAAUUCGAUCGAAAAGCGAAUUAAAAACGGAAAAGAACUACGCAAUUUACGCGCUUUUACGCAACCGUCGCUCAAACGCGACAAGAACGACUACCUGCACUAUUUUAAUAUAUUUUUGAAUCUUAAAUGAUAAUUUACGACGUUACGGAGUAACGGGUCUCGUAAGAAUUACGGACCACUUAAAUACAAGAUUAGGCUUGUGGCCUUGGGCCCAAGCCCAAAAGCCCACUAAUCAAACCCUACCUAUUUAAAAGUUGAAAACCCUACCUCUUCACUUAGAGAUCAGCCGUAUACUGUGUUCCCCUUGUUUCCUUUUGUCCACAACUCAAAGACAACACACACACAAAAGAAAUCCGCAGACCAAGCAAACACAAACAAACAUCAUCACCUCCAACUCUCGCUCGUCUGAAUAUCGCCGGCUCCGGCAACCGGAGCCACUUCCGGCGACAAACACCACAACCCUCCUCCUUCACUAUAACACUUCCAUAACCGGUAUCACCUCUGUAAUCCAUCAUCGGAGAUCGGAGAACAAACAGGAGAAAACCCCUGAGUCGCCAAACUCACCGGAGCCUUACCGGAGUCCGAGGGAUCAACCGAAGACCUACGGACAUCGCGACGGGGAGCAUUCCAUCUCGUUCGACCACAUAAUCGCUCGCUGGAAGAACUCGAAGUGUUUUCCGGAGUAAUCGAGACGCCGUCGGAGUAACCAAGUUUGUCAGAGAUCACGACGAAAACCGUUUCGGCAUCGUUUAUCGGAUAACCUCUCUCGUUCGUUCCCUUGGAUUCUCACUCUUUACUUGUACGUUACAAGAAAUCGCAACGCAACCAAGAAAUGGCAGAACAACCUCGUCCUGUUCGGGAGUUUCAUCGUAAUCAUAAUCAAAUUGCCUUUCUAAACGAGAACGUUCGUGGUGGAGCCGAAUAUACUGAUAUCAUACGUUUUCUUCGAAAUUCAAGAAUUGGUUUCGCGAUUUCAGAAAAUAUUCACCAAGUGCAAGCGUAUAUUGAGGAUUUUUGGCAUACGGCUCAGAUUGUUGAUGAUUCUAUCGAAGCUACUGUUUCUGGAAGCUCUAUUGUUAUCACGGAGGCAGUUAUUCGUGCGGCUUUGCAUUUUGGUGAUUUAGAUCAUGGAAACACGUGCUAUGUGCGGCAAAUCCGUGAACGUUGGGUUAGAUCUUUCGGUUACGUUGGUUCUUUUACCAAGAAGGAGAUCUACAAGGCAUUGAUUAUUGGGCAGUGGAGAUACUUCUUUCAUGUGUUGAUGCAGUGUCUGUCUGCAUGAAAAUCGGGAACUGAUACGAUGGGUCAUGAUCUUCUUUCUGCGAUGAUUGGAUUAACUUACAACCAGCCGUACAAUUUCUCAUUGAUGAUUCUCCAAGCUCUCAAACACCAGAUUGGUCUGAAGGAAAAUGAUAAGCGUUUGAUGAUUCUGUAUCCUCGUUUCCUUUGUCUUAUUUUUCGACAUUUGUUGCCGAAUCUUUCUUUCGAAGGAACUUUACCUGCCUACGCUCAAGCAGCCAUGCCUAUUCAUAUUUUCACUGAUUGUGCCAGGGUUAACGAGUCCAAAAGGACUGAUGCUCGUCCUGUUACGACUCCCUUGUGUGGUGCUAUUCUUCAAGGCAACUACAAUCCAGAAAUUGAUCCGAAUUGGUUAAACAUUAGAAGUGGUGUUGAUCAAAUAUUUGCUGGAGGUAUGCAAGCACUUGUUGAAAAUGCUCAAGAGCCCGUGGUUGUUCAACCUCAGGUUGAUCUUCAACAACCACCGGUUAAUCCUCCGGAACCUGAGCCUGAACCCGUUCAAGAACCAGUGAUUUCUGAACCAGUUGUUGUUGCUUCUAUUCAAGAAGCUGUAUCUGUUCAAGCUCCAGUUUCUACGUCUUCGGCAACAGGAGUUGCUGUAGAAACUGAUGAAGUGAUUUUAGAGCUCGAUGCAGCUUUAGAUGCAGGUCCGUCUUCCCGUACAGUUGACAAAGGGAAGCGUCCUAUGGAAGAAGUUUUUGUGGAUGAAUCCGUAGAUGAUAUGCCAUCUGAAAAACAAUACCUUCGGUUAGUAAUGAAGGAACUUCAAGAUCGUAUCACACCUUCCGAAAGGAACAAACUUGACUUAUUUCACGCAAAAGUUGCUUCUUUCGGUCCCUCUUCCGAUUGGAGUAUACGUUUAGCCAGUUGGAAUGAUAAGCCAACGAUUUGGAUUCAAUUGUGUUUAGCUCGUCCUCUUCUGAUGAUGAUGAUGAUGAUGAAGAUCGUCGUCGUCCUGAUACUGAUACUAUUCGUGUGCCAGUUCCUCUCAGGACGUAUAAGCGACAACGUGUUGCUGUUUCGGCUCUUCAGUCUUUGAGUCCGAUGGUUGCUUCAGUCACGGUUACAUCCAGCUCUGCUCCAUCAGACUCCAGAGGUCUUCUAAAUAUGGAGUUAUCUGUAGCUCUCCCGUCACUGUCUUCCUCACUUCCAUUCACUUCUUUUGUGGAAGCUACCAGUAUGGCUACGACUCUUCAACCAGUAACGCCGAUGAUGUCUUCUCCGAUUCCUGCAGUACCAUUAUUUGGGUCGUUAUCUUCUCAAAUGGGUACGGGUAAUGUGUUUGCCUUAUCAGGAAGUUCUUCUUUGCAAGCGCCAGAGACACGACAAGCACGUCCGAAGGUUGCUUUCGGUCGUAGUCCGCCAGUCCGACCAAAGAAAGGAUCUCUGCGUCCUCCAGUUCCACCAUCUUCAGGUCCUAGGCCAUCUAGUGCACAGCCGUCUGGCUCAAGACCUCCUGCUCCUAGAUCUUCUACAGUUUCUGCUUCGAGACCAUCAAGUUCAGGUCAAGAGCAGAAUUUUCAGGAAUUCGUUCGUGGAAAAUUUCAGGAUGCAGCCAAGGUUAUGGUUCAACAUAAGAAUCAAAUCUCUAGGCAGCAGAAAGAAAGUGCUUUCUUGAAGAAAAGGGAUGCAGUUCGUGACCAGCAGAUGGCAGAGCUUUUUCGUCUAUCCAAAGAUCAGAGUGUUCAGCUGGGUAAGUUCAUAGCACAAGAUGCCUCGACGUCUGUCCGACAACAGACUUUGGUUAGUACUACGGAUCGUCUUCUCGGGAUUGUGACAGAUCUCGUAUCACUCCUUGCUGCUCAGGGGGAGAUUUCGGCUUCGGAUUUUCAAGUUCAGGCUAAGUGCAAGAUGGACGAACUAAAGAAACUCAGAGACGAUCUUGACAAGGACAAGGAUCCCAACGCAGCGAAGCAGGGGGAGCAGUCAAGGAGCGCACGUGCUCCUGAAGCUGCAACCUCGGCUCAUGUUGAGGGGGAGUCCUCGGGUGCAGCUGCAGGGGGAGAUAAAGGCCCUGUAGAUUCUGAUAUAAGUGCCCUAUCCGAUUCUGAGUUAGAUCCUGCUGCUGAAUUGGUUUUAGGAGCAGGUGAAGUGGUUGAGGAAAUGGUAGAAGAUUGGCGAACCGACGACGACCUAACUGGUAAGUUCAAUUUCAUUGAGACUGCGAAAGGAAAGAGGAUUGAGUACGAGUCCUUACCGGUCAACAGUGAUGUUAUCAGAGGCUUUGUGUUUGGCUGUGAAAUGCCCAAAGAAAUCUUUAACCCUAUUCGAAUUCCCGAAGAAGUCAGUGUGGCAGCUCACAAAUGGUUUAGAAAUCUUCUAGAUGAAACUCAAAGGAAGAGGUAUUUAUCCACAAAAGGUGAGUAUUCGGGUCAGAUUCGAAGUUGGGAUUUCGAUGAGCAGCACGGCCUGGUAAUGAUCAAAAGGACCGAUGGGGUACAGUACUUCAGGCCCAGGGCCAAGUAUCUUCAGACUCUUCCAGCUCGUGAUCUCCAUCAUAUUGCUCAACUAGAUCUCAACAACCAUACAAAUGUGGCUAGUAUCAGAGGAUUGAUUCCUCAUCUCGUUGCUGAGAGUCGAGAGAGUAAAUGGAAGAUGUUCAAGCCGGCAGUUGGUCGAGGAGUUAAAUACUUAAACAAGUUCACCGGUAAAGAAGAAUGGAAGAUGGUUUACCCUCCAGCGAGUUGCCUCCGUAAAAUUCCUAUGAGAAAGUUUGAUCUCGAUAAAUUUGACAACAUAGGUUAUUGGUAUCUCCAUGGCAAAACUGGGGAAGCCGUGAUUACUGAAAAGAAAGUGACGGUUGAGAUUGCUAAAAUUCUGGAUCCGAUUUGGCUUACCAACCUUAGAGAAGCACAUCUGAAGAAGCUUCGAAACCUGCCUCUAAAAUACAAUGAAGAAGAUCGUGUUCUAGCUGACCAGUUCAUCAAGGUGGUUCAGUUCUGUGUGAAGAACAAGGUCUGGGCAGGAAGCAGCUUCUCGAAGAGAGUAUGAAGAUCUCAAGACCAAUGAAGACCAUGCACUGAUCAAGGGGGAGUUUGUUAAUGCACUUUAGGUGAUAAGUGCAUGUCUCCCAUUUUGUAGGGUCUUUAUUGUACAUAUAGUGAAACUUAGUCC